AUGCCGUCUGAGAUGUUUAGUAAGUCUCGGCGUGAGGAAUUGGCAUUGGGACCGGCGAACCGGCGGCCCAAGAACAAGCCCACGGCAGCGAAAGCUCGAAUAACUGUGGCCGUCCGGAAGAAGCCAUUGACAGCAGAAGAAGCGAAGAAUGACACGGAUAUAUUGGAUGUGGUCGGUCGGCAGAAGCUGGUGCUCCACGAGACUAGGAAAGAGCUGAGUGGAACUACGGACAAGACGACUCAACAAGGGUUCCAGUUCGAUCGAGUGUAUGACGAGUAUUGCUCCAAUCUCACUAUAUAUAAGAGUUGUGUACGAACAUUGGUGGAUUCCAUGUUCGAGUGCGGCGGUCGUUGUUCAUGUUUCGCAUUUGGGCAGACAGGGAGCGGAAAGACGUACACGAUGAUGGGUCCACGGAAAAGGGGGGGGAAGCAGGAAGAUUCUUGUAGUCGAGGUUUGUGGGAAUGGGCGGCAAUAGAUUUGGAGGCGUGGAUGAAGAAGCCGGCUUAUCGUGAGAGGUUUGUGUUGGCAAUCUCUUUUUAUGAGAUCCAUUCGAACAAGGCUUAUGACCUCUUGAAUAAUCGUAAUUUAGUACGUCCUAUGGAAUCGGCUGAAGGUGGUGUAGUGGUGAAGGACUUGGUGAUCCGAGUGGUUACAACGGAAGCGGAGAUGGCGGAGGUAAUUGACUUGGGUAACAGUGUUCGUAGUACGGGGAAAAAUUCACGUAAUAACGAGUCAAGUCGUAGUCACGCUAUCCUGUCCAUUGAAUUGGUACAAAAGACUGACAUCGAAUACCGGUUAGCUGAGAACCCUCGGGCUGAGAACCCUCGGGCUGAGAACCCUCGGGCUGAGAACCCUCGGGAAGGAGCUAUGGGUGAUCGAAAUGGCAAGUUAUCGGCUACCGCGUUGCAAACUGCGUUAAAGGAGGGUCGAUCGGUCGCCGUAAGUGUACGAGGUAAGGCCCAUGGAAAGCUGGCCUUCAUUGAUCUAGCCGGAAGUGAACGGGGGGCGGAUAGUGUGCAAUUCGGACGGAACACACAACAGGAUGGUGCGAACAUUAACAAGUCUUUACUAGCACUUAAAGAGUGCAUCCGUGCUAUGGAUCAGGGUAAAGACCAUAUCCCCUUCCGUGACUCCGAACUUACCAAGGUACUCCGUGACUUCUUCACCUUUGCCAACGGCCUUUGUCUCAUGAUCGCUACUGUGGCCUCUUCUAGCACCCGGAAAAACGCACAUUAG